GUUACAUUGAUAAUGACAGUCUUGCCGCGUACGGCCCUCAACAAUGCAACAGAAAGUCGGUGUUUAAUCUAGUCGGGUAGAUAAAUUUUAAUAUACGACAAACAAACUGGAUCCCCUUAUAGUUGAUUUCAACCAAACGCUACGAUAACGUUUAUUUCAUCGGCAGUUUUAUUUAUCGUAGUAUCAUGGAAGUGAAGAAUCUAAAAGAAUUUUUAGAAAACAGCUUCAACGGCGAAAUUUUGUGGCACUCCGUUACAAGCUUGAUCGGUCCCGGUGAGAACUAUGGAAGCGUGAUGUUAAAAAUAGAUGCGAAAAUAAAAUCGCACGGUGGCGAACAAAUCGUACAUGCAGUGGCAAAGUGCAUGCCACCCAGCAAGGUUAUCCAAGACACCUUUAAUUUGUCCUUUACAUUUAAAAACGAAAUAUGUUGGUAUACGUCGAUCAUACCGACAAUGCAGAAGUUCCAGUCGGAAAAUGGCGCGCAAAAUAUCAUAGAUUUCUUUCCGACAAUGUAUGGCGCGAGGACUAGUUUGGAUUCGGAUAAGGAUAUAGUUGACGAUGAUGGCGUGUUACUUUUAGAAAAUCUGAAAGAAUCGGGAUUCGAGAACGAAGAUCGACGUAGGGGCUUCGACAUACAGACAGCAAAAGAGAUAGUUAAAAAGCUAGCGGUCUUUCACUCCGUUGCCGUAGCAAUAAAGAUAAAAAAUCCCGAAUUAUUCGAAGCAAAGAUUCACGCCCACUUAUAUGGUGCAGAAUGCUCAGACGAUUCGACGAGCGGGCUUCAGGAUUGUUUCAAAUACGUUAUAAAACUUCUACAAGAAGAUUCAGAAUGCAAAGUGCUGUUGGACCGCGUGAAGCCAGCCUUAGCACUGAAUCCGUGGGGAUUGAGGCACGCUAGGGAGCCGUGGGCGGGAGUUGUACACCUAGACCUAUGGACCAACAACAUUAUGGUAAAAAAACAAGAAAACGAUACGAAGGUUAUGUUUCUGGAUCUACAAGCCGGCACGUACGCUUCUAUAACCGCAGAUUUAAUCAUUUUCGUUACGACAUCGGUAAAAUUCCCUGAUAUAGAAGUUCAUAUGGACGACUUAAUAAAACUAUACUAUAGCACGUUCAUAGAUAAUCUGAAAGAGUUCGGAGUUGACACCACACCAUUUUCUUACGAUUCGUUUUUGGAGGAACUAAAAACCGAAGCUUCUUGCGGUCAAUAUGGCCGCUGCAUCUCGUUGGUAUUUGCAGCAUUGGGCGAAAAAGAAGACGUAAACGAUUUGACGGGUGAGAACUAUGAUAUCAUGGACGAUCUAAAGAAAAUGGCCAGCAGAAUGACCGACGCUCAUAGGAAAAGAUAUAAGUUCAUUACGGUUGCGUUCGCCGAAAGGGGGUGGCUUUAGGAGUGAUGCGAUAUUUGUUCCAGCUUGAACGAGCUUUUUAAAAUGAAUGCUUUCGAGUUAGUCUUUUAUUUAAUUUAAAACUUUUUAAACAAAGGCUGAAACAAAGCGAAAUCAUGUUGUGAGGGUUUUGAAUUUUUAUUUGUCUUUUAUGCGCUUUUAUAUUAAGCCUUCUGGCCAUGAGCUUUUUUAUGAGCAAGCACUAUUAAGCUCAAGAUAUAUUCGCAUUGUUAUAUUGUAAACACAAAAUGGUUUAGUUUCGUUAGUUUCGUUAGUGCACAUUCAAUAAAAAUCGUAACGCGUCUACAAUAGCAAUGUGAUGUAUGCGUUAUUUUAGCUCUAACUUUAAAUUCUCUGAAGUUACAAGGCUCCGAUUGAUUGAUAACUAACCUUCUGGCGUCGUAACAGGAAACAGACAUUUGCGGACGUUGUUUCUCACGUCGAAAAAUGAAGAUACAAAUUUUUUUUUUAUCUUGGAAUGGAAAACAAAACCACUACGCUACGCUCGGGAUACAUUUCAAUAAUUAAGACCAAAAUAGAAACUGACUGGCAUUAACUAAACUAAACUAAAUAGAAAUAAUCGAGACAGGCACUGUGUUGGGGCAACUUUAUUACCAGGUCACUUUAAUAAGUAUUCUAGUGGAAUUGCAAAUAAUAUCAUAAAAAAUCUUCCAAAUUCAACAAUGGGCAGCUCUUGUUUUUUAAACGAUUUGAGGGCACCAGAUUGUUCUUUUUACUUGUUUCUUACGACCCCUGAAGAAGUUUUUUCAACAAUAAUGAACUUAAAGAAUUCAUCAGCGCUUGAUGCAUUUGACUUGAAUAGCAAAAUACUGAAGGAGACCGCGAAUAUUUUGGUGGAACCUUUGACUAGUCUGAUAAAUUGUUGUUUUACUGAAGGAAUAUUCCCAAGUAUUUUUAAAAUUUCUAAAGUAAUGCAGACCCUCAGAUGGUCGAUAAUUAUCGUCCUAUCUCUAUCAUUGUUAUUUUCUCUAAAGUUUUUGAAAUCCUGUUAAAAAAGAGGCUAUAUAAAUUUAUUGAACUAAAUCAAUUACUUGACUCAGCCCAGUUUUGUUUCAAAAGCAAGUUCUCCAUAACUAGAGCUUUGAUGAGGGUGGUGAAGGACAUAGUCAGGGGUCUGGAAAGGGGAGAACACAUGAUGAUUUCACAGUGAGACCUGACCUCUCAAAGACUUUCGACUGUAUUUCUCAUCAGAUUCUCUUGAUUAUGGAGUGCGUGAUGUUCCACUCAAACUUUUUAAAUUCUAUUUAACAGAUAGACAACAGUUUGUGAGCGUAAAGAACAAUAAGUCUGAUUUGGCUUGCGUUGAGUUUGGAGUACCCCAGGGCUCCGUUCUGGGACCGCGCCUUUUUAUUAUAUACAUAAAUGAUAUUUGCCAGUACAUGAUGCCUGAUACUGAUAUUGUGCUAUUUGCUGACGACACAACGUUUAUUAAUUCAAACAGGAACAUCACUACCCUGAGUAAUAUUGAACCAUAUACUUUUUCUAAGGCCAAAGCAUGGUUUUCAGCAAAUAAUCUACAACUUAAUGAAGCCAAAAAAGAAGAAUUUAUUAGUGUCUAGUAGCAGUAGGUUGACAUUUUUCAAGGGAUGCAAGAUUCUGGGCGUUACCUUGGACACUCUGAAUUGGUCAGAACACAUUGGCGAGCUAAGUAAAAAUCUUUCAAAUAUUCAUUUUCUUUUGCGUCAAUUUCGCAGAAUGGUGAGUUUUGAUGUAUUGAAGUCUUACUUUGGUUUAUUUCACUCGCGUGCCACCAUACUGUGGGGUAACUCCUCUUAUGCAAUUAAAAUAUUUAAGAUGCAAAAAAAAGCACUACUGAUAAUUACAAAUUCAAAUUUUAACGAACACUGUAAGCCAUUGUUUAUUAAUGAUAAAAUAAUGACGGUGCCAUGUAUAUUUAUAUUUCAAAGUGUUCUUGAGAUACACUAAAAGACCGAGGGGUUCUGAUUCUUAUAGGUAUGACACCCGGAGUGCAAAUAAUCUUGUGCUACCGAGAUACAGGUUACAGAAAUCAAAACAAAAGUAUAAAACUUUAUAACUCAUUGCCACAACAUUUUAAAUAUAAAAUUAAAAGUUUUCUUCUAAGUAAGGGCUAUUAUAGCGUUGGUGGAUUUUUUGAAGAAAACAUCGGUAAUGACGUGUUGUGGGGCAUUGUGCAUUAAUUAUACUUUAAUGAUUGUUCUGUGCUAUAUACAUAUAAAUUUAUUUUUUAUUUGUUGUCCUGUUAGGUUUUAUUGUGAAAUUAUAUACAUUUCAAAAAAGCUUCUAAAAAUAUUUGUAAUUUAAUUGCGUUUAGUUAAACAUUAUUAUUCAAUUUAUUUGUAUGUUUUUAUAUGAAGAAAUAUAAGUUGCAUUAACUAAUUUACCGUUUCUUAAAAGCAAUAAUUACAAAAUUUUCUUUCCUA